AGUAGUGUGAGAGUAAAAACAAAAUGAGAACAUCCUCACUUUUAUUAGUUUCAACAAUUCUCAUAGUCACAUUAACCUCGUACUGUUGUAACUCAUUGCCCCUCUCAACUCAAAAGAGAUGGAUCAUAGAUGAUGCAACAGGUCAAAGAGUGAAAUUAACUUGUGCACAUUGGGUUGCACAUGUUAAACCAAUGCUUGUUGAAGGUCUUGAUAAGUUGCCAAUAAAAGACAUAGCUACUCAAAUUGCUAAUUCAGGAUUCAAUUGUGUUCGUUUAUCUUAUGCUACUUACAUGUUCACAAGAUAUGCUAAUAACACAAUUCGUGACACAUUUUAUAGUCUUGAUAUUCCUGAGGAUGUUGUGUCUGCUAUUGAGAAACAUAACCCAUUAAUAUUGAACAUGACACAUGUUCAAGCUUAUGAAGCAGCUAUUGAUGCUUUAGGAGAAAAAGGUGUGAUGGUGCUUAUUGAUAAUCAUGUUAGUAAGCCAAAGUGGUGUUGUGAUAAUAAAGAUCAAAAUGGAUUCUUUGGUGAUAGGCAUUUUCAUCCUCAUGAAUGGCUUCAAGGUUUGGCUUUUAUAGCUAAGCACUUCAAGGGAAAAUCCAAUGUGAUAGCCAUGGACUUGAGGAACGAGCUAAGAGGUGGACGUCAAAAUUUGCACGAUUGGUACAAGUACGUGAGCCAAGGAGCGAAAACGAUUCACAAACAUAACCCAGACUUAUUAGUCGUCAUCUCAGGGUUAAACUUUGACAAUGACCUUUCAUUCUUGAAGAAAAAGACUCUUGAUCUAAACUUCACUAACAAAUUGGUGUACGAGGCACACAUUUAUUCUUUCUCAGGAACCCAAGAUAGGUGGGAUUUGCAACCACUGAAUUGGGUAUGUUCCACUGUCAUUGAAACCUUAAAAGACCAAGCAGGUUUUCUCAUUAAUGGUGACAAACCGGUACCUUUGUUCAUAAGUGAAUUUGGAUAUGACAUGACUGGUGUCAAUCAUGUGGACAACAAAUUCUUGCCAUGCUUUGUGUCUUAUGCUGCCUCUGUUGACUUGGAUUGGAGCUUGUGGUCUUUUGGUGGAAGCUACUAUUACAGAGAAGGCACUGUUGGAGCUGGUGAGACAUAUGCUGUCAUGAACUAUGAUUGGAAAAAUUUCACAGACCCAAAAUUCCCCGAAAAAUUUCAGCUUCUCCAAAAGAAGGUUCAAGAUCCAAGUUCAAACCUCUCGAAGUCUCAUAUAAUGUUCCAUCCAUUGACCGGUAAGUGCGCUCAUGUGAACAAGAGCAACAAUGAACUUGUAUUGGGUGAUUGUAAGAGUCAUAGCCAAUGGAGUUCUGAGGGAAAUGGUUCUCCAAUAAGGUUGAUGGAUUCUGCUCUGUGUCUAAAAGCAGAGGGCGAAGGGCUUCCUGCAACUCUCUCAAAACAUUGCUUGUCGCAGCAAAGUUCAUGGAGAUCUGUUUCAAAGACCGGUCUUCACUUGGCCACCUCUGAUGGGAACAGAUCCCAUUUGUGCUUGGAAAUUGAUUCAGAUUCCUCCAAGAUAGUGACCAGAAAAUGCAUCUGCAUAGAUGAUUAUGAUUCUUCAUGUUUGGAGAAUCCCCAAAGCCAGUGGUUCCAACUUAUUUCAACCAAUGUUUAGUUAUGAAUUAGGAUCUUGUGAAUUAGAUUUGGUAGGAACCAGGAGUGUAUCGAUUGUACUACUACCUAGUACCUACAUAUUAUCAUAUUUUUCAGUGGUAGUAAGGUCAUUUAGAUUUAGGUAAUAAUGCUAUUGUCUAUUCAAUGGCACCAAUGUGAUGCUAUAUUAGUAGAAAAUGAAAUAUAAAUAAACGUAUUGUUUGCAUUAUCUCAUCCAUAAAAAAUAAUAAAGACAUGCAGUUGGAAUAU